CACAAUGUAAGAGAAAUUAUGCUAAGUUCUAACACCCCCAUUUCUGGAAGAGUUUAUUAUUCAACAUGGCGGAUGAGGAAACGAAAACAUUCGCCCAGGAUACAAAUUUAAGUGAUUUGCAAGGUGGUGAUGUGUUUAUUAAUGGAGAUUCUGAUGAUGAAUCUAAAAAUGAAAGUGCUAAUGAUCAGGAAAGUUUGGAUACUUUAUCAUGUGAGAAACCUAUUCCGCGAAAGAGCAGUUUCAUGAAUAAAGAUGGAACCCGCAGAACUCACAACAGAAAAAAGACUGUGUCUUUUAGUAGCAUGCCAACCGAAAGAAAGAUUGCCACUGCUCAAGACUGUUUGUCAUAUAUGGAAGCAGGAAGUGAAUUGAUAAAAGUACGUUCAAACAGUCGGCAAUAUCACAGAAUCUUCUCUCUUAACCCAGACAUGACAGAAGUAAGAUGGCAACCUACGUCCAAGAAACCCCAUAAAGCAAGAAUUCCUAUAGCUUCCAUUAAAGAAGUGAGAAGUGGUAAAACAACAGAUGCAUUAAAGAACAAAGAAAUUGCUGGGAUAUACCCGGACGAAUGUGCCUUUUCUAUUGUGUUUGGGGACAAUUUUGAGUCAAUGGAUUUGAUAGCAAACACCCCAGAUGAAGCCAAUAUCUGGGUGACAGGACUUACAUGUUUGAUCAAUACACAGACAACAGGCUCAACUACAUCACCAGAGGAGGCUAUUGAAGAAAUGCAGCAAAUGAGGGACAACUGGUUAGCGGAGGUGUUCUCAGCGGAGGUAAGAGAUGAGUCGCAGACCCUGGCCGAACAGGAAGUGGUCCGGCUUUUACAGAAUCUGAACAACAACAUAGCAACCUCUAGAAUACGCACAAAAUUAAAAGAAAUUGAACUUAACAGAGAUGAUAGCAAAAGGGGCCGUCUCAACAGUAGUGAGUUUAUAUCACUGUUCAAAGAAAUGUCCACCAGACCAGAAAUUUAUUUCUUACUAGUCAGAUAUGCAAGCAAUGCUGAUUACUUAUCAACAGAUGAUUUGUUACUAUUUUUAGAAGCAGAACAAGGGAUGCAAAGAGUUACUAAAGAAAAGUGUUUAGAAGUGAUCAACAAAUUUGAACCCACCAAAGAAGGCAAACGAAAAGGAAGAUUAGGCAUAGAUGGAUUUACAGAUUACCUGUUGUCAGAUGAAUGUGAUAUAUUUGAUCCUGACCAUAAUACAGUCUGUCAAGAUAUGAAACAACCUCUUUGUCAUUACUUUAUAGCAAGCUCACAUAAUACUUAUUUAUUAGAAGAUCAACUGAAAGGUCCAUCAAGUGUUGAUGCAUACAUCAGGGUUUUAAGGACAGGAUGUCGGUGUGUAGAGUUGGAUUGUUGGGAUGGAAACAACGAUGAACCAGUUAUUUACCACGGUCAUACUUUGACGUCAAAAAUCUCUUUUCGUCAUGUUAUAGAAGCAAUAGAAAAAUACGCUUUUGAUACAUCGCAAUACCCUGUGAUAUUAUCCAUCGAGAACCACUGUAGUCUGAAGCAGCAGCGUGUAAUGGUAGAUCACAUGACCGCCAUAUUUGGUGAUAAACUUUACUGCGGAACUAUCGAUGAGAAACGAGUACGACUUCCUAGUCCCGAGGAUCUCAAGGGAAAAAUUUUAAUUAAGGGUAAGAAGUUGCCAGCAUAUAUAACAGAUGAAGGUGAAGUUACAGAUGAAGAUGAAGGGGCAGAAUCAGAGAAGAAGAAAAACAACAAAAAGGAUGGUGCUUUAAAGAAACAUAAGUUAGCAAGAGAGUUGUCUGAUUUAGUUAACUAUUGUAUGUCUACAAGAUUCGAGGACUUUCAGGUCUCAGCGCAAAAACAGCAAUACUGGCAGUUGUGUUCAUUUAGUGAGUCUCAGGCGCUAAAGCUUGCAAUAUCGUGCCCAGAGGAGUAUGUUAAUCAUAAUAAAACAUUUCUGUCUCGAAUUUACCCGAAUGGAAUGCGCGUGGACUCAAGUAAUUAUAAUCCACAGGAUUUGUGGAAUUGUGGAUGCCAAAUGGUGGCCUUAAACUACCAGACUCCGGGUUUGAUGAUGGAUCUCUACAAUGGUUGGUUCAAUAAGAAUGGUGGGUGUGGCUAUGUACUUAAACCCGCCAUCAUGAGGGAGGAGAUUGCGUAUUUUAGUGCUAAUACAAAAGAAGUCAUUCCAGGGGUAUCACCACAGAUUCUUCAUAUAAAG